AUGCCGCCUCAUCGUUUUGGUCUCACGAUACUGGCUUUGGCCGGUGUCAUAAGUGGUGCAUCCAGCUUGCAGACUUACCCCAUACCCGAUGAGGUCAAACAGUCAACUUCUUACACAAUCAACGUACGCAAGCCAGAUGGAGAGUGGCAACCGGUAUCUACAUAUCUCGUGAACCUCCAUGAGAUCAACAUCACGACCGGAUCUGCGAUGGUCCACCCCAGCUCACUGGCCAUGUUCGAUUUUGAUAACGACGUGGAAAUCUCAGUCACUUACAAUUCUGGAGACAUCACGAUUCCUCGCAUUCGGCCAGACUCCUAUGAUAUCACUCCGAACAGUCAAGGAAACUCCCUGAGCUUCAAUCUGACCAAGCCUACGGAUAUCCUAAUUCAAACCACCAACUCAGUCUUUGAUGUUCUGCACAUAAUCACCAACCAUAUUCCCAAAGGCCUCCCGUCCAAAGAUGAUCGAAGCAUCAUCUACUACGGCCCUGGUUAUCACACGCUGAACUCGACUCUCAAUAUCACCUCCGGCCAAACCCUUUACCUAGCUGCAGGGGCAGUUCUGAAUGCCGCUGUUUCUCUUGAUAACGCCACUUCAGCAUCCAUCCGCGGCCACGGUAUACUCUACCGCACACCCGUGGGAGCCAUAUCAGCACAGUGGUCGAAGAACAUCACCAUCGAGUCCAUCACCGUCCUCAAUCCGACUCACUACACUUUCAACGCUGCUGAAGCAGAAGACGUGACCAUUCGCAAACUUCGCUCCUUCAGUGCAACUCAGUGGGGCGAUGGCAUUGAUCUAUACAGUAGCAAGAACAUCCUUAUCGACGGAGUCUUUAUGAGAAAUUCGGAUGACUGUGUCGCGCUGUACAAUCAUCGCAAUGACUGGUACGGCGACAGCGCCAAUAUCACCAUCCAGAACGCAGCUUUGUGGGCAGAUGUGGCACAUCCUAUCAACAUUGGCACCCAUGGUAACUCUAUCAACCCCGAGACCAUGUCAGACAUCACAAUCCGUAACAUCGACAUCAUGGACCACCGCGAAUUUCAGAUGGGAUACCAGGGCGCCAUCGCAAUCAACCCAGGGGACAGCAACCUCGUUAAAAACAUUCUGAUUGAAAAUGUUCGUGUUGAGAAUUUCAGAAUGGGCCAGGUCAUCACCAUGAUGGUGAUGUACAACCAGAAGUACAAUACAUCACCUGCCGCGGCAUCUCCAAUGGAUCUGGUGUACACUGGAGAAAACGCAAACAUGGCUAUAAUGACUGGUUUUAAUGAGACUCGUAGCGUUGAGUUCGUAAGGUUCGAGAACCUUGUCAUCAACGGAUUGAGAGUCAGUGACAGCAUGAAGAAGCCCGGUUGGUACAUGACUGCCGACUUUGUACCGAUGUAUGUAAAUGAGCAUGUGCGGAACUUGACCUUCAUCUGA